UAAUUUUUUGAUAGAUCCGUUGGCAACAUUAAAUAUGAUUUUUUUGGCUCUACCUGUUGCAGAUUAAAAUUUUAUUUUUUUUAGACGCAAAAAUAAAGUAUUGUUAUCACGCCGUUAUUAUUGUUUUUGUAGUGACUUUUUUUUUGUUUUACAUGUGCGUAAAAUUUAUAUUUUUGUAUGUUUUUUUCUUAAAUAUUGUUCCUAAGAUUGAAAGGGAAAUAAAAUUCUUCUCAAUCGCGCCAUAUUGACCAAACAAAGACGAGCUUUGUAAUUGAAUUUUGUUUUAUUGUGCAUUUUUUGAAGGCUCUGCGAUGAAUGGAGCUGAGAUAAAGCCUGUUUUACCUAAUAGCAACAAUUUCAUUCUGAGAAAUGGUGAUGUUCCUCGAAAUGACGUGAAUUCAUCUAUUGGCACAGGUGGCAUAAAGCGUGGAACAGAUGAACUUCUUUCCCAGAGCAGUGGCCAUGUCAGCAAUGGUUCUGCAAUGAGUCCGGAGACGAAUGACAAUGAAAAUAAUAAUGACGCUAAAAAAGUCAAACUCGAAAAAGCACAGACAGGUAAACCAUCUCGAGUUGUGCACAUCAGAAAUGUAUCCACCGAUGCUACAGAGACAGAUAUCAUUCAUUUAGGAAUUGCAUUCGGACGAGUUACGAAUGUACUUCUUCUUAAAGGGAAAAAUCAGGCCUUCCUUGAAAUGAAUGAUGAAGCAUCUGCAACAUCAAUGGUGAACUACUAUGCAAAUUCAGGUGCCCCUUUCGUUAAAGGGAGAAAUGUUUAUGUUCAAUUUUCUAAUCACAAAGAAUUGAAGACAGAUAACACUCACACUUUAAGUAAUACCACAACACAGGUGGCACUGCAAGCUGCUCAAGCUCUAGUGAAUCAUACCACUGAUACUCAGGGUGGACCAAAUACAGUUCUCAGGGUAGUAGUUGAAAAUCAGAUAUAUCCAGUUUCUUUGGAAAUAUUAUACCAGAUUUUCUCUAGAGUUGGCAGAGUGUUAAAGAUAGUGACAUUCACUAAAAAUGGCACAUUCCAAGCAUUGAUUCAGUAUCCUGAUGUCAUAACUGCCCAAGCUGCCAAAUUGUCUUUGGACAACCAAAACAUUUAUAAUGCAUGUUGUACUCUGAGAGUUGAAUAUUCCAAGUUGUCUAAUCUAAAUGUUAAGUACAACAAUGACAAAAGUAGAGAUUUUACUAAUCCUAUGCUUCCUAAUUGCGACCCCAGUUCUCCUUUUGAUUCCUUAGGAUUGCCUGGUUCAAUGGGUGUUUUGGCUUCUCCAUUUGCACCUGGAUUAGGAUCACCUUUAACAGCUGCAUAUGCUGCUGGUGCUGGAGGCCUACCUUUAGGGGGUUUUGCCCUCUCUUCUGCUGCAACAACAGCAGCUGCUUUAGGAGUUGCGGGGUUGAGGCUACCCGGACAACAUUUGGGUAGCACCGUAUUGCUAGUUAGUAAUCUCAAUGAAGAGAAGGUCACACCUGAUGCUCUCUUUACCCUUUUUGGUGUCUAUGGGGAUGUGCACAGGGUAAAAAUCCUUUUUAAUAAGAAAGAUAAUGCUCUUAUCCAGAUGGCUGAACCACAACAGGCACAAUUAGCUUUGGCACAUCUUGAUAAAAUUAAAGUAUAUGGGAAACAAAUUAGAGUAGCACCAUCUCGUCACCAAAGUGUUCAAAUGCCUAAGGAUGGGCAACCAGAUGCAGGUUUAACUAAAGAUUAUACACAGUCUACUUUGCACAGAUUUAAAAAACCAGGUUCAAAAAAUUACCUCAACAUAUAUGCUCCAUCUGCCACAUUGCAUUUGUCUAACAUUCCUCCAAGUGUGACUGAAGAGCAAAUUAGACAAGCCUUUACAGAUGAGACUGGAAGCAACAUUGUUGGUUUUAAGUUUUUCCCGAAAGACAGAAAGAUGGCACUAAUACAGUUAGAGUCUGUGGAAGAAGCUGUUAUUGCUUUAAUAAAAAUGCACAAUUACCAGCUAAGCGAUGCAAGUCAUCUUAGAGUAUCAUUUUCCAAGUCAACCAUAUGAAGCUUAACUUGUAGUUUCGUACAGUCUGUGAUACAUAGAAGCAACCAGUAAACAUCAAAUGUACACAAGAACUGAACUUAUUACAUGUACAGUCAUUCACAUCGCAUUUCAUUAAUUAAUUUCACUUAGUUUUCAGCAGAUUAUGAAAGAGCUGCAUAUCAACCCUUCAAUUUUGUUUCUUACUAUUCUAAAUCAAGAUCAUGUAACAUAAUUAAAAAAAAAAAAAAAUUAUUAAUCUGUUGUAAAAAUAUUUUCGUGAACAUAUGCAAUGACUUGUUUAUAUUCUGCUGAAUAUGUUUGUAUUUUUUGAUUUUCCGCCUUUAAUUGUUUUUAAGCAACAUUAUAACUGUUGUCUCUUAUUUCUCAUUUCCUCAUUUGUUUUCCUGUUAUGGAUGUCAUUUCCCUAUUCUAUUGCUUCGUAUCACAGACAUGAACUGUUACUGAUCUUUCCUGUAAUGUGAAGGAUCUGUUUCUUGGGUAUGGGUUUUAAUAACAUUGUCUUUUAUAUAAAAUGAUCUGUAUUUUUGCAAACAAUUACAAAUUCUCUGAAAAAGGCACAAAUAAAAGUAUCCUAUCAUUUUUUUUAAUCCUCAUCCUUUGAUAGAAACCCGCCUGUUUAUUCCUUUCAUAUUAACUUUUAUCUAUACACAUUUAUUACUGUCUUAGUAAAAUACUUUUCGCGUGUGCGCUUUGUAUGCAUAUUGUUGCUUCUGAAAGUAUAUUAAUUGUUGCUGAUCGUGGCUGCCGAUACACGUUAUUAAAUCCUGUUUUGUUUGAUCACUGUAGCUACUUGCUGCUAUUAGCGCAGCUGAUCACUUGUAAUUCUUUAUAUCCUUUUUUCGAUACUAAUGUUUCCACAUCUAUCUGAGACUUAUUAAAGACUGAAACUCAACUUUCGUAUCGAUUUGUAUGAAAAUGUUUAUUAAUGGACAUUUCAUAUUUAAUCUGUUAAUUAAUGAACCAAAUGUGUGUAAAUAUAUUUGAAUUAAUAUUCAUUUUGAGUCAAAUUGCUAUAAUGUGAUUUUAAUAUUGUAAUUGAAAUAUAAAUUGCUGUAGAAUAUAUAUUUUUAAUAGCAUUUAAUGAUUGUUACUUUGAUUUUUCUUUUUUUUUUUUUAAUCUGCAAAAUAGUUAAGUAACAUUCCAUUUGCAGAUGUAUUUGUAUUUUUUAAUUUUCUUGAAUAUAUAUAUAUAUUUUUCUGUAUUUUGCAUAUUAAUAGUCUAGAUAAGAUUUCUUGUGUCUACAUAUUUUAAUAAAUUUUUUCAUAUAGAAACCAUCUUGUUCAUGAGAUUAGGGAGAAAAUAAUUGCAAAGACGGACCACAUUUAGCUUAGUAACUUUGAUAGUUUUGUGUACAGCUUUUAUCUGAGGGCUAUUUGAAAUGUAAUUUUUUAUUAUGCAACUGUUAAAUAAAAUAGCUUUCUUGGAAUUUAAAAAAGUAUGUAUAAAAGAUCACAUGACCCAAAUGGAUUAAAGAUUUUACAAUUUCUUUUGCCACUCUUGGUGUAUUGUAAAAUCUUUUUUCUAGUGUCAUUUCUGUGCAUGAAUAUUUGAUCUUAAAUUAUUGUGCCUUUAUGCAUAGUUAAAUAUAAUUUCUGAAUUUUCCUCUUAAUAUGAGCUUAAUUAUAUUCUAAACUUAAGACGAGAUUUAAAUGAGAAAAAAAAUAUUUUUGUUCAGUUUUUAAUUGAUCAAUUUUAGUGUCAAAAUGAAAGUUUCAAAAGAUAUUAGAAAUUUUUAUACUGAAAAUAAGCUUGAGUGAUACAGGACUCCCAAAUGAAAUUAUUGAAUUUUGGGAAUUUGGUAUUUUUUUGAAUAAAUGGUAUUUUUGUGAAUAUUCUGAUAACAAAAUAGUUUAAAAUAUUUAUCUAUGUUAAAAUACAUCAUACAAUAUCAGUGAUAAACAUAUCACCAUCAACAUACUGCGUUUUAACAUUAUUAAUUGAAGUUUGAAUAAUUAUUUGUUAAAAUGUCUACAUUUUUCUUUUAAAAACUUUUUUUUUUAAAGCAAAUUUUGUUAUUGUGCAUUGAAAAAUCAAUUUGACGCAGUAAAUUAAUUUUUUUUUCUCCAAUUGUUAUCGGAAAAUUUUUCUCCCACUUGUGUCAAAUAUAUUGCUUACCUCAAAUCAAAGUUAUGACAUGGAAUCCCGUUAUUUAAUUGGCAACUCUUAAAGUUCUUGAAUUUGAAGACAAAGAUUGGUUAAAUGCCGAAAGUGCUUAAAAUCAUAUCAUUUAUAAAUAUAUAUGUAUACAAACUUACAUGCAUAAUUGUAAUUUUACAUACGAGGCUAUUGGCCAAAUGAUACAUUGUAAGCACACAACACAAGCUGUGCCUUUUUUAACAGGUGCUACUUUUGUGAGCACUGUUUUGCUUGUGACAAAAAAAUUAAAAAAUUUUUAUAAUGUGUAUUGAAAAAUAAAAUUUGUCUUACAUUAAAAAAAAAUAAAAUCUGUGAAAAUUUUCUGUAUAUGAAUAAAAUACAUAAUAGACUUAAGUCCACGUAAACAUGGGUCAUAACAGUUAUUUUCAAAAAAUUAGUUCUGAAUGUAAUACUAAACGUUAACAAAUAAUAAUCAAAAGUAAUUAAGUUUGAUCUAGGUCAUUGCUUUAUUUUAUUCAGAAAUUUUUUUUCAAAAAUUCAACCAAUACGUAUUUUAGUACUGAACAUGCCCUUUGAUUUAUAUUUAUUGCUCUUGCUUAAAAAAAGUGCUAAUUUUUAGAUAUAUUAUGUAAUCUGCAAGAACUUCUUAAUCAACUAUUUGUUUGCAAGUAACAAUUUGAAAGUAAUUAGGUUAAAUCUCCUGUUAAUUUUUUAUUUAGAAAUGCCAACCAGUUUGCAUUUCAUUAUUGACAUAUAAUAAUUUUAAUAUUAUAAUAAUUUUUUUUUCCAUUGAAGAAACUCUUAUUUUUAGUUAUUUUCUGUCAUUCAGAAAAAUUAGUUUGUGUAUCUUAGUAAAUAACUAUUGUGCAUUUAAACUUGUUUCUUAAUUAAAUUUAAAGCAAUCUAAUUUUUAAUCUUUAUAAUUUAUUUGGAUGAGAAAAAGUGAAGUUUUUCAUUCUAAUAGUACUAUAAUAUAAAAUUCCUUUGAUACCAAGUUUUUGUAAACAUAUCCACUUAGACCUUUCCACUGUUCGUUUAUUUUCAUGCAUAUUUGUUACAGGCAUAACAUAUUCAGAACUGUUCCAAGAAUAUAACUGUUAUAUUAAAUAAUUGUCAGGAGUUAAACAUUUUAAUGCACCUCUAUCACGCCAUGUGGUAUUGUGGGUUCACAUACUUGAUUUCUCUUAAGGAUAUAAUUUUUAGCAUUAAUUCCCAAAAUUAAAAUCCUCCAGUUGUGGAUUUAGAAUCAGUUCAGCUAUUUUGUAACUGAAUUAGAUUAGACAGCUUACCGAUGCGUUUGUAUUCGUGUUUUUAAUGUGCUUAACUAUUGGUUAUUUCUACUAACUUUUCUUUGCUUUGUGUAGCUGUAGUGUAUCAUAUACUUGGUGUAGUAUUGAUUAACUCUUUGAGCUUCUUCUAUAUAAAUGUUUACCUUCUUGUACUGCCCUUAAAUAUUACUAAUUACAGUGAAAGCUUCAUUAUCCAGUGCUGUUUUUCUUUUUCCUAAUCCAUAUUUGUGGAUGCAAUCUGAAACAAAAAUGCUUUGUAGAGCGAAAAAAAAAAAUUUUCUUCUUCUCUGUAUUGCAAUAAGUUAAACAAAUAAUCAACCUUGAUAUUUUUACCUUAAGAUUUAAAAUUUCUUUAAAAUAAAUCUUAUGUUUCACAUUUAAAAAUAUUAAAAAAAAUUAUUAUUUUCUAACUGUGUAAGAUAAAACAUCCCUUAAGGUAAGGGUAGUUAACUUUGUUUUUUUAACAGCCUGGAUAAGCAAGCUCUUGCUAAUGUAUCUUAUUGGUUUAUUAUUUCUUUUUUUUUCUUUCAAAGUUUGAAGUAUGCAUGUAAACUAUAGCAUCUUGUCUUAUAUAUUUUUAAUACUCUCCUUCUUUGUAUUUUCCUGUUAAAGUACACCCUUUUCAAUUUUUUAUUUAAUUAUCUUCCGGACUUUCUCUGUAAUUUUGUUGUGAAAAAAUUAAACUGUUUUUCUGGA